AUGGAAUUUCCUAUACCAGAGGCGCAGUAUUGGGACGUUUCAAAAAAGUCCCAGAAAGAUCGUCAGAUAAUUCGGAAGUUUGUUCCGGAUGCCGUCAACCUGUCCACAAUAAGUCCUGGCGAGAUCUACCGGAUUGACACAUUCUAUUUGGAGUGUCAGAAGUACCGGGAUCACUAUCGUGACCCCUAUGGCAAGGUGCACUGUCCACCGUUCUUCCACUUGCACAAGGGAAAGUGCGGAGUCAAACUGGACCAGACGCUGGCCCAGAUGACACAGGCGGUUGCCGCAAAUGUGGACAGGCAGCCAUUCGUGUUUCCCCUGGUUCCGAACAAGAGCAUGUUUCUGGGCGGCAGUAUUCGAAUGGGGGCACAGACAUCCCCAACUGGCGUCACUAGCUUCCUGAGAUGAUGUAUUUGUAAAAUUCGCUUUGCAAUACACAUAUGUACUUUAACAAUAACAUAAAUAUAUGCUGCGGUAAUUGUUAA